GGUGUGUUCCUGCAGCAAACUGGAGUAGGGUAUACGCCUGCCUACAACAAACAACAGACUGCAUUACACAGUAGGAAUGGAAACCAUGCAGGAGCUGAUCCCCUUUGCCAAAGAGAUGUUGAGUCAGAAACCCGGACGGGGUCUUUUGAAGGUUUAUCUGCUGGGCUCCAUGUUUGCUGUACUGGGGACAAUCAUCGGGUUGGUUGAAACUGUGUGUCAACCCUUCUCCUCUGGUCAGUGGAUGGAUGCAGAAAGUGUCCUCAUGUUGGCCCGGGAGCAGAGAACUCUUAAGGCGGAGACACAGAACAAUGUGGGAGGCCAGGAAGGUACGGAGGAGAAGGAUGAGGAGCUGGCUCAUAAAAAUGGGGCCACGACCCUCAGCAUGACACUCUCUAAGACUCACAGACUCAGCCAUCGAACCAUGGCCAACCGGCUGCAUGCUUCCUAAAGACAAAAGGAGUCAACACUCAGUGACUUGAGAUAUUUAUUAGAAUUCUCCUGCCACACCAACGAGCUACACACACACACACCCGCCUGCCACUCUGUGCUGCUUACGAAUUGGGUUUACCAACCAGUGGUCAUAGGUUAGUAAUGUGUUAAUAAUGAAUAAAUAAAACACCUGUACUCCAUUUAAACAUUGUUUAAAGAAAAGAGGAAAAUAGCCAAAACACAAAACUACUUCUUCAUAUUUUCGAUUCAAACAAUUGGACUUCAGAGUUCAAACUAAUGAGUUUAGGAGAAGUAGCUGAAGGCAGCAUGGGUCUGCCUGGCAGCAUAAACUGCGGUAUAGCACCACCUAUUGUCUGGUGGAUGUGUCUGCUGCUACAGCUACAUACAUCUUAAAAGAGGAACAAUGUUGGAAAUAUUAUGCUGUGUGAAAAUACUGUAAAUGUGCAACUUUCGAAGAUCAUUUUAUUUAUUUAACCUCAUUUUUUUUUACUUUAAGUUUGAAUGUUCAAAGAUGAAUGCUGUAAAUGUUCAAUAAAUCAUCUGGUGUCAUUUUGUA